GGCUGCGGCGACGACAACAACGAAGACGACGACGCGGGGAGAAGGGGAGUCGGCGGGCGCCGGAACGGUGGCCCGGGCCGGGCGGUCCCGGUGAUGGCGGUGCUGGACCUGGCCCAAGAGGGAAUGGCCGUUUUUGGGUUCACCCUCUUCGUCGUGCUGUGGCUCAUGCAUUUCAUGUCCAUUAUCUACACACGUUUACAUCUCAACAAGAAGGCAACAGACAAACAGCCAUAUAGCAAACUCCCUGGCAUUACACUUCUGAAACCAUUGAAAGGUGUGGAUCCUAACUUAAUCAACAAUUUAGAAACAUUUUUUGAAUUGGAUUAUCCCAAAUAUGAAGUACUGCUUUGUGUACAAGAUCAUGAUGACCCAGCCAUUGAUGUAUGUAAAAAGCUUCUUGGCAAAUACCCAAAUGUGGAUGCUAGAUUGUUUAUAGGUGGCAAGAAGGUUGGGAUUAAUCCCAAAAUUAAUAAUUUAAUGCCAGGAUAUGAAGUUGCAAAAUAUGACCUCAUAUGGAUUUGUGAUAGUGGAAUUAAAGUAAUUCCAGACACAUUAACCGACAUGGUUAAUCAAAUGACAGAAAAAGUGGGCUUGGUUCAUGGUCUACCCUAUGUUGCAGACAGACAGGGUUUUGCUGCUACAUUAGAACAGGUAUAUUUUGGAACUUCACAUCCAAGGUCCUAUAUCUCAGCUAAUGUUACUGGGUUCAAAUGUGUGACAGGAAUGUCAUGUUUGAUGAGGAAGGAUGUAUUAGAUCAAGCAGGAGGGCUUAUAGCUUUUGCCCAAUACAUUGCUGAAGAUUACUUUAUGGCUAAAGCAAUAGCUGACCGAGGCUGGAGGUUUGCAAUGGCCACUCAAGUUGCAAUGCAAAAUUCUGGUUCCUAUUCAAUUUCUCAGUUUCAGUCCAGAAUGAUCAGGUGGACCAAACUACGAAUCAAUAUGCUGCCUGCAACAAUAAUUUGUGAACCAAUUUCUGAAUGCUUUGUUGCCAGUUUAAUUAUUGGAUGGGCAGCUCACCAUGUAUUUCGAUGGGAUAUCAUGGUAUUUUUCAUGUGUCAUUGCCUGGCCUGGUUUAUAUUUGACUAUAUUCAACUCAGGGGUGUCCAGGGUGGCGCUCUAUGUUUUUCAAAACUUGAUUAUGCAGUAGCUUGGUUCAUCCGAGAAUCCAUGACAAUAUACAUUUUCCUAUCAGCAUUGUGGGACCCUACUAUAAGCUGGAGAACAGGACGCUACAGAUUACGCUGUGGCGGCACAGCAGAAGAAAUCCUUGACGUAUAACCACAGCUUUGUGACUGUAUUUAAGAAAAUAAAAAGAAAAAAGAGAAAGAAGUAUUAUAAAUUAUGUUUAUAUAAAUGCUUUAAAAAUCUACCUUCAAUAGUUUUAUUACUUGUAUGUUUUGGUAUCUGUUCUUUAAUUUAUUUUGCAUGGCACUUGCAUCUGUGAAAAAGAAAAAAAAAUACACGUGUCAUCUUGGCCAGCUGGUACCUUGUUUUAUACAAAAGAGAAUCAAGAGAAUUGGUUCUAGGACCCUUAAAAAAAGAAAAGGACAUAUGAUUGCUCUGCAGCAAACACUAUGAUAGUAUCCUUCAGUAAAGAAAAUUUCAGAUUUGGCAGUAGGCUAGUCUAGUAAAUUUAUGGGAUGAAAUUAUCUUUGGCCCAUUGGCUGGCAAGGACUAAAUAGUAAUUUUUUGCCUAUAUGGAGUGUCUAAUAUCAUUGUGCUGACUGUGGGGGGACUAGUGGAGAAACUUUUUCAUGCUUUAUGACUACCUCUUGUAGUUGCUGCAGAGCAAAUAUAAAUUGUAUUAGGUAACUAGGCCUUGCAAAAAACAAACCAGAAAAAAAAAACCUUUAAAAGAAGAGCUGGAGUCUUGUAUUUAUAUGUAUAUAUGAGAGAGGUUUGUUUUGGGGGGGUUUUUUGUUUGUUUUUGUUUUUUUCUUUUUGUUUGUUUGUUUUUUGGUGUCAACUGCAAUGAACCAAAAGUGGAAGUUUGGUUUUUAAUGGUAGCCAUGUAUUGAAGGCAUCUUUUUGGCCAACUCUUGUUGGUUCUGUCUUGAACCAUUGUUAAUCACUGUGCUGUAAUUAGUGUAGCUUAAACCCUUCCUUCCCAGCACCCCUAAUCCUUAUUCUACUUUUCCUUAACUUUUUUCAGGGGGGUUGGUUUUGUUUUAGUGUGAGUGAAUGUUUUGAUAGUUGUGAGGAAAAAAAAUGCAUUUCAGAAACAUUUCACACAUGACCUAUUUUCUUACACAGUAUGUCUUAUUGUUAAUAAGAAUGCAAUUUCAUGAUGCAGGUAUUUGAUAUCUUUUUUUAAGUGAGCAAAUAUUCUAGCCAUCAAUAAAUUAAAACUGCAGUAGAGUAUUAAGAAGGGCAGGAUGAGUUUAUUGUUAAAUUUAAUCAGUAUCAAACUAAGUCUACUGUUAGCUUUUCUUUUGUGCCUAUUACAGUUAGUCUAGUCUUAUUUAAAUUGAAUUUUUGUAUAACUAAAUAGACUAGAUUAAUGUAAGUUGUAAAUGCAUGCUGUACUUCACCCUUCCUUUCCCAUUACACCCUUAAACUUGCCUUUGACUCUUGUCAGGCUGUUGUUAACUUGUGGUGAACUGGACUUUUUUUUUAAUUGGCAAAAUUUAAGGGACGGUGCAUAAGCCUUUUGUUUUUAUAAUGAUAUUUGUGCUUUUUUUUCUUCACAAUUAGAUGGCUUGUCACAAUGAAUGUCUACUGGCUAAUUGCAGGGCUAGCAAUGACAAUAUGGCAGCUUUAAUUUCCAAGUUAUUACAGUUUCUUUGUCAAGGUGUAAUGUGUAGCAUAUUAGCAAUAACUACAUGUAUUUAUAGAAAAUGGAUAUUUUUUUCACCUCACUGAGCCAAUCCAUUUAAUUGUCUAAUGAUGAAUAUACACACAGUUUAAAAUGUACUAUUUGUGUGUGUAUCUUAUGUAUAAACUAUAUAUAAGCAUUUCUCUGGGCCAAAUUGCUUCACUUUGUUUAAUAUUCUAUUGCCUUAUGAUAUCACUGAAUUUGUUUGAAGGGCAUUUUCUACGUGAACAAAGGCUUUGAUGCAUGUUCCAUUUCUUAUGUGAAUCAGGCAGUGAUGUUUCCUGAGGAGAGCUGUACAAUGAAAACCAGUCUAGUUGUGACCCACCAAGUGUUUCUUUUUUCAUCACUAUUACACAGCUUAAUUUUGCUGACUGUGUUUGUAUUUGGUUUGUGUUUAAUGAAGUUUGGUUGAUGCCAUUCAUUGCACUGCUAAAGUGAAGCCUUGCUUAAAUUUAGCUUUCUGCUGAUUUCAGUGUGGGCAAUGUAACAAAACCAAAAAAGGCUGAACAGACUUCGUUUGUUUUGUAGAUAUGGAAAAUUAUUCUUCUGUAUGUAUGCUUUUUGCAGUAGUGAAGUCUAGCUCACAAAAGUGAAGCUUCACUUAAACAGACAGGUUGAUUCUUUGGUUAGGAAGUAUGGGUUGAUUAUGAAAUGGAAAGAAUUAAAACAAGUGCUGUAGAGAGCAUCACAACAGAACUGCAGGAGUCCAAAUUUAAUAAGCUAUCUUUAAAGAUACCAACAAAUGUCUAGAAUAGACUUUACCAUGUUUUAUUAUUUAAAAUCAUUGUCUUGAGUUUUUUGUUGAAAAAAAAUAAAAAUUUUAAUACAAUCAAAA